AUGGCGAGUCCUACGGAGACCGAGAUCGCACUAGAGAAGUCCGCCGCGCACCAUGUCGAGGACACCUUGGGCUGCGGUGCCAUUGUUGAGGCAAAGCACGCCACGGAUGAAGAACACGCGCAAACCCUAUGGCAGGCCCUCCGUGACAACCGUAAAGCUGUGCUUUGGUCCGCCAUUAUUUCGCUUUCCAUCGUAAUGGAAGGAUACGACGUCGUUUUAAUGGGAAACUUUUUCGGCUAUCCUACUUUCCAGAAGAAAUACGGGUAUUAUUAUGGUGAGAAGCUCGGGUGGCAGAUCCCUGCCCGCUGGCAAACGGGACUAAACAUGGCUAGCACGGUGGGAUGCAUUUUCGGUGGCAUCAUGAACGGAUACCUUGCGUCCAAAUUUGGGUAUCGGGUCGUGAUGAUUGUGGCCCUCGCAUUCCUGAACGCUUUCCUUUUCAUCGUGUUUUUCUCCAACACGGCUACGGUGUUGCUCAUAGGCGAGGUCUUCUGCGGGUUCUCAUGGGGUGUCUUUGCGACUAUUGGCCCGGCCUAUGCCUCGGAAGUCUGCCCCACAAACCUGCGAGGCUAUCUCACUAUCUAUGUCAACAUGUGCUGGGCCAUCGGCCAGCUCAUUGCAUCCGGUGUCCUAUAUGGUUUGGUCAAUCGUCCGGGUCAGUGGUCUUACCGCAUCCCAUUUGCGUUGCAAUGGAUAUGGCCGACGCCCCUGAUAAUAGUCUGCUGGUUGGCACCAGAAAGUCCCUGGUACCUCGUGCGCAAGGACCGACUGGAAGACGCCAAGCACAGUAUUCGUCGGCUCGGAGGCAACAAGACCGAGGAACAGGUCAACGGGCAGCUGGCUAUGAUGGUUCAUACCGGCAAGAUUGAGGCGGAAAUCGAGUCUGGCACCAGCUAUUUGGACUGCUUCAAAGGCAUUGACCUGCGCCGCACGGAGAUCUGCUGUGUAACCUUUGUGUGCCAGAUCUUGUCCGGCAGCACUUUCGCCUACUCGCCCACGUAUUUCUUCGAGCAGGCCGGCAUGGACACCAGCCGUGCUUUCCAACUGGGUGUUGGCUGCACAGGUGUGGCCUUUGUUGGGACCGUUUUGUCCUGGUGGCUCAUCACACAUCUUGGACGCCGCACCCUUUACGUUUGGGGUCUGGCUAUCCUCUGUACCCUUCUUUUCCUAAUUGGAAUCAUCAACGCAAGCACCAACGCCAACGGUGCCAUGUGGGCUCAGGCAGCACUGUGUUUCAUUUGGUUGUUCGUGUACUCCUUGACUAUCGGCCCAAUCACCUACGCCAUCGUCAGUGAAACAUCCAGUGUUCGGCUGCGGCCCUUGACCAUCUGUCUGGCUCGCACGGCAUAUCAGAUAAUCAACGUCGUCUCCAUGGUUUUGGAGCCAAGGUUUAUGUCACCCGUGGCAUGGAAUUUGAAAGGGAAAACCGGGUUCUUUUGGGGCUGUACUGCGCUCCUUGCUUUCACCUGGUCGUUCCUUAGACUACCGGAAACAAAAGGUCGCACGUAUGCUGAGUUGGACAUUCUAUUCGCCACCAAGGUUCCGGCACGCAAAUUUGCCUCGACUGAAGUGGAUGCGUAUGCUGUCGGAGUGUCACAAUCACAGGAAGGGCUCGUGCAGGAAACCAAGCAGUCGUAG